AUGUCACGCGCGCUGACCGCCCCCGUCGGCGCUACCGGAACGCACGCGCGCCGACGAUGCGCCGCGUCGCGAUGUUCGUCGUCCGGUCCGACGACGCGAUGGACCCGUGCGACCCGGUGCGACGCGUCAGUUGGGAAAGAGGAUGCGGGAAACGGAUCGAGACCCAAGCGGCCGGCCAGGGUCCCGAGGCGGGUUCCGAGGCCCGACGCGGGAGGCGGCGACGCGCCCGCGCCCACGACGAAGAGUAAACCCGCGGUGCGGCGCAGGACCGUCGCGGCGACGGACCGCGGCAAGGCGCUCACCGACGAGGAGAAGGCCGUCAGGAUGAGGGAGUUGCGGGAGAGAGCCGCCGCGCCCAGGGUCGCCGAGCUGGCGGAAGCCGUGCGACGCGCGUGCGACGCGGGCGAGUACAAGCCCGCGCAGGCCGCCUACGCCGAGCUCAAAGCCGUGCCCGACGGCGUCGUGCCCCCGGAUGUCUUCGAGACGAUGCUGUCGCUGUGCGCGAGGCUCCGGAUGCCAUCCUCGGCGGAGGGCGUCUUCAUCGACUCGCUCGCCGCGGGGGCGGCGCCCACGGAGAGCGCCUGCUGGAAGCUUCUGGAGACGUUCGAGUCUUCGGGGGAAAGCAGACGCGCGGAGAAGGUGCUCGCCUACAUGGAGUCGCGGGGCAUCGGCUGA